AUGUCUCAGCCUGUGAUGAUUGAUGUCGAUGGCUGUGAGACGGCCCAGCACUUGGCAGCGAAGCAUUUGCACAGUGCCCUGGAGAGUGUCAACAAGUUGGGAGGCCCACCGACUUCUUCCAUGGCACAAUCGAUUACUCUAGCAGCAGUUCGGUCUCCACCUGCUAAAGUGGCCAACAAGGAUGAGGACCAAGGGCGUGCUUUGAAUCUUCAAAGGCAGAAUGCCCAGUUCUUUGAGAUCAAGGCCUUCAAGGUCAGCACGGGCUUGCAGAAGUACUUGUCUGGCCAAGCUCGACCAGUUGAGCCUCCUCAACAUGAGGUGAUCCGACGCGUGGCCACCCCGCAGUGUUCAGAGACAUACUCGCCUUUGACCCCGAAAGGCCUGUUUGAAGAUUCACAAGAUGCUCCACAGAAGCUGCCUUAUGAGUUCUUCAACGCUGAUGUUGAUGACCUUGACCUCUUCACA